AUGAAAUUACGCGUGCGCUCUAGGUCUGUGUGACGCAAGGGGGCGGGGCGGGCCCCUGGCUGCGCGUGCGCAGAGCUUGUUCAAAGGGCCUUAUUUAGGUUGCGCAGGCGCUCGCUGGCCAUUUCUUCUCAGCCACGCCGGAGUCCUGUGUUUAGUCCGCUCGGACGCCAGCACCCCCGCGGAGACGAUGAUGUUGGGCACCGAAGGCGGAGAGGGCUUCGUGGUGAAGGUCCGGGGCUUGCCCUGGUCCUGCUCGGCCGACGAAGUGCAGCGAUUUUUUUCUGACUGCAAAAUUCAAAAUGGGGCUCAAGGUAUUCGUUUCAUCUACACCAGAGAAGGCAGACCCAGUGGCGAGGCUUUUGUUGAACUUGAAUCAGAAGAUGAAGUCAAAUUGGCCCUGAAAAAAGACAGAGAAACUAUGGGACACAGAUAUGUUGAAGUAUUCAAGUCAAACAACGUUGAAAUGGAUUGGGUGUUGAAGCAUACUGGUCCAAAUAGUCCUGACACGGCCAAUGAUGGCUUUGUACGGCUUAGAGGACUCCCCUUUGGAUGUAGCAAGGAGGAAAUUGUUCAGUUCUUCUCAGGGUUGGAAAUCGUGCCAAAUGGGAUAACAUUGCCGGUGGACUUCCAGGGGAGGAGUACGGGGGAGGCCUUCGUGCAGUUUGCUUCACAGGAAAUAGCUGAAAAGGCUCUAAAGAAACACAAGGAAAGAAUAGGGCACAGGUAUAUCGAAAUCUUUAAGAGCAGUCGAGCUGAAGUUAGAACUCACUAUGAUCCACCACGAAAGCUUAUGGCCAUGCAGCGGCCAGGUCCUUAUGACAGACCUGGGGCUGGCAGAGGGUACAACAGCAUUGGCAGGGGAGCUGGCUUUGAAAGAAUGAGGCGUGGUGCUUAUGGUGGAGGUUAUGGAGGCUAUGAUGAUUAUAAUGGCUAUAAUGAUGGCUAUGGAUUUGGGUCAGAUAGAUUUGGAAGAGACCUCAAUUAUUGUUUUUCAGGAAUGUCUGAUCACAGAUACGGGGAUGGUGGUUCUACUUUCCAGAGCACAACAGGACACUGUGUACACAUGCGGGGCUUACCUUACAGAGCCACUGAGAAUGAUAUUUAUAAUUUCUUUUCACCGCUCAACCCUGUGAGAGUACAUAUUGAAAUCGGUCCUGAUGGCAGAGUAACUGGUGAAGCAGAUGUUGAGUUUGCAACUCACGAAGAUGCCGUGGCAGCUAUGUCGAAAGACAAAGCCAAUAUGCAACACAGAUAUGUAGAACUCUUCUUGAAUUCUACAGCAGGAGCAAGCGGUGGUGCUUACGAACACAGAUAUGUAGAACUCUUCUUGAAUUCUACAGCAGGAGCAAGCGGUGGUGCUUAUGGUAGCCAAAUGAUGGGAGGCAUGGGCUUGUCAAACCAGUCCAGUUACGGUGGCCCAGCCAGCCAGCAGCUGAGUGGUGGUUAUGGAGGUGGCUAUGGCGGCCAGAGCAGCAUGAGUGGAUAUGACCAAGUUUUACAGGAAAACUCCAGUGAUUUUCAAUCAAACAUUGCAUAGGCAGCCAAGGAGCAGUGAACAGCAGCUACUACAGUAGUGGAAGCCGUGCGUCUGUGGGAGUGAACGGAAUGGGAGGGAUGUCUAGCAUGUCCAGUAUGAGUGGUGGAUGGGGAAUGUAAUUGAUCCUGAUCACUGACUCUUGGUCAACAUUUUAUAAAGAAAAAAAACUUAAGUUUAACAGUUUUGCAGUACAAGCUUGUGAUUUAUGCUUACUCUAAGUGGAAAUCAGGAUUGUUUUAAAAGACUUAAGGUUGAGUACUUUCGAGCACAUUCAUUCAUCUAGGAUGUAACAACUAGGUUGAGUAACUGUAACUGUUAAAACGAUUUUCAGCUUUUCUCAAGUUAGUUCUCUUGUAGGUUGUCCUUAAGCAGUAAGUGUAUUUAGGUUAAAGCAGUUGAAUUAUGUUAAAUGUUGCUCUUAUACCACAUUACAUUGAACACUGUUUGGAUGCAUGUUGAAAGACAUGCUUUUUUGUAAAACUCAAUAUAGGAGCUAUGUCUAAAAUGAAAAGUGAAACAUUUGGCAUGUUUGUUAAUUCUAGUUUCAUUUAAUAACCUCUGAGGCACGUAAGUUUAAGCUUUUUUUUUUGUUAAUGGGGAAAAUUUGAGAUGCAACACCAAUACUUAGGAUUUUUGGUCUUGGUGUUUGUAUGAAAUUCUGAGGCCUUGAUUUAAAAUUCAUUGUAUUGUGAUUUCCUUUUAGGUGUAUUGCGCUAAGUGAAACUUGUCAAAUAAAUCUUCCUUUAAAAAAUU